AUGAACGAGGAUAUUUCUAACAUGAAAUUAUACUCUACAUAUCUGCUAGAUACGACCAAUCUUUCUAUCAUUGAUUACUCGAUUACCCCGGAAGAAGAAUUAAGAGAUGAGACAUCAAAUUUAAAACUUACUAGCACAACCAAUAGUUCUAAUGAUAUUACAGAUUUAAAUGGAUUGGUAACAAUUUUGAAUGAUAAAAUUAUUGAAUUCCAACCGUGCAGUGAUCUAUUACAUACCCUUUCUGAUGUGGUUGUAAUUCAAGUAAUAGAAAUAUUAGAGACAUUACAUAAAUUUGAAGAAGAAAAUAGCACAAGAUUAAUUACAUUUAAAGAGAGCGAUACAGUGGUAGAAAAAUUUUCAGAAAAUGUAGACACUAUUUUGAACAUGUACAUGUUUGUUAUGAUUGAAAGUUAUGAAUAUUUAACAAAUGUUUCGCAACAAAAUCAUUCUACUACUAUUAACCCGCUACAAAAGGAAAAUACCACACUUUUGGAAAAUGUUCGUUCAAUCAAAGAGAAAUGGUCCAAGCUAUAUUAUUUCCCCGAUUUGAUAGUAUCACAUUUAACUAUGCAAGAAUUAAAAUUAAAACAUUGUCUUCUAAUUAAUAAAAACAACGAAACAAUCUCAUUAAAAUUAUUUAAAUACGUCUUUAUGACAUGUUUAAUUGAAAUGAGAAAAUUAUUUAUCAAGUUGAUUAGUCAUUUAAUUGAUAAUUCAAAAGAUAUUAAAGAUGAAAUACAUGUAACUUUUAUAAAUUUUAUUGAUAUCUUAGUGGAUUGCAGUAUUGAAAUCAAAUGUUGUGAAAUUCUAGUUGGAAUAAGAAGUAUUAUUAAGAUGUGGAUCUGUUGUAAUGAUAACUAUGUGGAUAUAUACCAUUGGUGUAAAAGAAAACAAUUAAGUUGGGAAAUUGAACAGGGAAAACAAAAAUUGAAGAUGGAGGAAAAUGCAUCUGAAGAAGAAGAAGAAGAAGAGAUGAAUGGAUUAUUGCUAACCGAUCAAUGUGAAUUUGGAAAAUUAUUUAUCAAAGAUAUAUUACGUAUCUGUAAAGAAUAUCGCCGAGAAAAGAUGAUCCAAGAGGGCCAAGAUUAUAGUAUCGACCUUGGGUUUGAAAUUGAUUCUCAAUAUGAUUUUAAAAAUGAUAGCAGUGAUGAAUAUAAUAUGACUAUUUUUGAUGAUGAUUAUGGAGAUGUAGCAGAACAACAAGAAAUUGAUCAUUUCAUGAAACAAGAAAAAAAUAUAUUAGAUGAGUUGGAACAAUUAAGAAACUCUAAAAGACAAAAUAUUAAUUCCAUCGAUGAAUUAUCAACAUAUAUAAAAUUUGAUCCUGUAGAUACUCCACGAAGAAAAAAGAGACAUCGUAAGCAACGUGUCAUAAAACCGCCCAGUAUUCUUGGGUUUUGGUGGACACAACAGACAGAUAGAAUACAAAGAAGUAUUCAAAAUGCAAAACAACAAUGGGAUAUGAUAUUUCUUAAAGAACCCAAGAGAGAUGUGGUUGAUUGGGUGGAACAUUAUAAGCAUGAAAAGGACACCAAAUGUGUACGAGUGGUUACAAGACAAAGCAAACGAACAAGCCGAUAUUGGAAGACAUUAUGUGCUACACGUGUGGUCCAACCAGCAAGUGCUAAACUUCUUUCCUGGCUGGAGUAG